CACCAUAUAGACGACGCACACUUGCACCACCGUAUAGUCUUUUUUACACACGCACGCCAAUGCCCGCGCCCACGAGGUACGACCCAGCCACACUAUCGUCGUGGCGUCUUCUUCUUCAUUGAGCUCCGUAUCGCGCCAGAACUACGCGUGCAAUCGCCCAAAACGCACUCAACGUUCAUAGACGUCUGUCGUGAAAUUUUCAUAUUUUUUUCAUGUUUUUAUAAAAUAGCGUUUGUUAUUUUUUAUCGCCAAAGGACAUUUAAAUUUUUUCUCUAGAAAAAUAUUACUAUUCAUAGUAGACGAUAUUUUUUAUCCGAUAUUUUUGUUCUUCUGUUGUCAUGUUGUCGUUGCGACGUUACCGGCUACUACUCGUACCUCUUAUUUUAGGGCUGUUGAUUGCAUCGUGUCAAUCCCGUCCUAUGGAUUUGAACGAACCUCCCGAUGAAAUUCCUCCUGUACCUGCAACGGGACAAAUUGUCAUGCCCACAGUGCCCGUACAUUGGCUGACCGAUCCCAACUCGUCGUUUGGUCAGACGUUGAUUCGGCACCUGUCUCAACUGCCGGAACCAGAACUUGAUGCCUUGGAAUCCGCACUGAUCGCAAUCGUUACCAAUAUGCCUUCUCAAUCUGCCGACCACGACUCCAUGUUGGGAGAUGCACCUGCCGGUAGCUCCAGCGACCGGCACGAGUACAACUUUUCUAUGGUUAAUGGAACGCAAGCAGAACAACCUCAUUCGUCUUCCGAUCAAAUAAUCGAAACUGAGACGCCUCAGAUGCACAGAGAAAGCACUGAGUUUGCAGAAUCUACGGAUAAGUCUGUUGAAUCAUCGGAGCCGAACAAAGAACUCAGGCUCAAGUCUAUCCAAAGUCAAAUAAUCAACUUUAUAGGAUUGUCCGGUCGACCUCCAAUCAGCUCAACGAUGAAAUCACGAACGCAGUCCAUUCCAUCUCCUUCUUCGCAGCAAAGAGACGCUAUUCGUGUUUUAUAUGAAAAUGUUAAAAGUUUUCCAGCUUAUCCAGCAGAUAUGUUUACAGAAAAAAUACAAAGUUUUUAUCCCACAUGUGAACUGCCCAAAAACACCAAUUCAGAAGUGUGGAACUCAAAAGAAUCUAUGAACUUGAUGUUCAACAUUUCUUUGCCGAAAGCUUCUAAUGGCAUUACAGUCAAUGUAAACACAGCAAAAUUACGUUUAUAUAAACAACUUCUUCCGUGUAAUUCACAAGUGAACAACGAGACUGAUGAUCAAACUAUUUGUGCUCCAAUAUUUUUGGAAGAUAAUACAAAAAAAUCAACCACUAAUAUAUCAGAUUCCGCAAUUGCAUCCUUAAUAAUGGAAGAAAAGCAAAUCCGAGUAUCAGUUUACGCUUACACCAAAUCACUGAGAAAAAAGAAAAUUAAGAGAAAAUUGUUAGAUAGUCGAAUGAUGUCUUACUACGGUGAAAAGUGGACAGAAUGGAAUAUUCGAAGUGCAGUAAGGCUUUGGCGUCGAGAACCAUUUCAUAACUUUGGUUUAAGCAUCGAAGUUGAAGACGAAGAAGGAAAUGUACUUCCUGUACACAGAUUUUUCAGAUCAAUAAAUUGCUCCGGAGACGUGCAAAUGACUAAAUUAAAACCCAUCCCUGGAUUUUUAAUGGAGGCCGUACAAGAUUAUGGUUUGUCCAACACCGAAACAAACCCGAAUAUGUCAACGAUAAGUUCAGUACAAACAUUAAGUUUUAAUAUUCAAAGAUAUCCAAUAAUCGAUGUAGCAGUUAUCGAAGUACCAGAUUCAGAAGCUCACAAUGCUAUGCAAUACCAGUAUGCAAAAUUCGCUUUUGAACAAAACUUAGCUGGUAUGGCAGCAUCACCGAAAACCGAAGAACAUCAACAGCAACGCAGCGAACACAAAAUAAGGCACAAUAACCACCACAAACUAGACACAAGAGACUACGAGAUCCCCGAAAUGCGAAUUUCUAAGGAUGGACGGGAAUUUCGAGAUCAAAUCAUUGUUCAAGGAGUAAUUCCAAAAAUACCAUCUACUGAAAUCCCAGGCUAGUGCUUUUUGUGUUUGUAGCACAUGCAUCUCGGCGCUUGUGUACCCUUAUUUGUGACUUUUUGUGUAAAAUUAAUUCACCCACUUGAUUAGAUUGAAAUGGACACUUAUGCAGAAAGUCAUUUUAGUAACGUACAAGCUCCUAGAUUGUUGAAUAAUUUUAACCUAAUUUUAGAAUUUAUAUUUUUUACCUACUUGUAGUCAAUAUUGUAUUGUUGUGGUGGAGGGAGUAAAAACAUCAGCAAAUAAAAACAUUUCUACAAAUGAAUAACCCAUUAAUAUUAAUAUAUUUUAUUUAUUUAUACUUAUAUUUAUUUAGUAGUUAUAUUUUACUAACCCUUAUAUUUUUAUAUAAGUUUAAAAUGUUCCUAUAGUGUAUAAUAUUUGUAAGUAGUCAUUUAUCUGAAUCAUUUUAGUAUGUAUAGUCAAUACAUAACUGAUUAAAACUAUCUUUUGUCAAAAAUUAUUUCUGAAACUAAACUAACCAUUAAAUUUCCAAAUUUAUACAAUUUAUAUUAUUCUAUGCGUAUUUCUAUUGUUCAUUUUUUUAAAAAAAUUUUAUUGUCAACCCGUUAUUUUUUAAAAUAGGUUAAUUUGUAUUGGCAUACUUGUAUACUUUAAGUACCUAUUUUAUUAACUUUUAAGUAUAAAAUCGUGUAUAGUUUAUAUUUUUGUCUAUGACAUUAUGUUUUUCUUUUUCUUUUCAAAAACGUUAGAGUUCUAAAUACUAUACUUUACUUCUUUCUACAAUAUUUCUACUAUUAAUUAAUUUAUUUUAUAUUUAUGUAUUUUAUUGUGCUAUAUUAAUUCUAAGUUUCUUUUUUUAAUUUCUUAUUAUAAUUCUUAUUUUUAUUAUAAAUCGAUAAACAUUAUAAUGUAAGGCUAUUUA